GGGACUACAGCGGGGGAGGCGGGGUCCUUUUCUGGAGCGGUCGCGUAGGUAGUGGAUGCAGGGAGCCGGGCUCCGGGCGUCAUGUAUUACAAGUUUAGCGGCUUCACACAGAAGUUGAUGGGAGCAUGGGCUUCGGACGCCUAUAGUCCGCAGGGAUUAAAGCCUGUGGUUUCCACAGAGGCACCACCUAUCAUAUUUGCCACACCAACCAAACUGACCUCCAAUUCCACUGCAUAUGAUUAUGCUGGGAAAAACAAGGUUCCAGAGCUGCAGAAGUUUUUCCAGAAAGCGGAUGGUGUGCCUGUCCACCUGAAACGAGGCCUGCCUGACCAAAUGCUUUACAGGACCACCAUGGCGCUGACUGUGGGAGGGACCAUCUACUGCCUGAUUGCCCUCUACAUGGCUUCACAACCCAGAAACAAAUGAGUUAGGCUGCAGAGGACUGGUUUGCUUUUUGGCAUAAACCCUUUGAAUUUUCAAUAUUUCUGUUAAAAUUCUUGUUUUACUUGGAUGACCUACUUGACUUUUUUGCAAGAAAAACAAAGAUAUGAAGAUAAUAUUUUGGUUUGUGAAAGCUCAUUUGACAGUUAAAACUAUUGUUUAAAGAAAUGACACUCUGCUCUUGUGUUUGUGCUCCUGAUUUCCCUGGAGGUUCUGGAGGAACGUUGCUCACAGGGUCGUUAACAUCAGUCUGUGCUGAGAACCUCGGGGACUUAGGAUUGCAUUUUCAAGCAUGGGGUGCAGAAGGCUUUCUGGAUUUGGAUGUGACCAGGGAAGGGAGACAGAUGCCAAGGCCAGGUGCAUGAAAUGAGGGUUCGAGUUAGUAGUCACUGAGGGGAUUUUACCAUCUUGCAGUAAAAUGUUAAUAGCAAUUAUUUGUUGGGCAGUUCAUUUCAAAGGGUUAUUUGCCUCAUCUCAGAUUGUUUGUGAAAUUUUAUGUAUAGUUGCGUAUUUAUUCCACCACGGGAACAGAGACCACCUGUUUAGUGUUGCACUUUAGACUGUUGUCUGUUAUGCGGCUGUGCCACAAAUUCUCCUUUAUCUUCUAAAAUGUUAUGGCUUUAAAUUAUAAUUUAUUUUGACAGUGGAAUAAAUAUGUGAAGGAAAAA